AUGAGGGCAAAAAGGAAGAUUGGAGUCAACGCCUUAACUGAAGCGCUGAAGGAAAAUACUCAAGGAUGGCAAAAUCUACUGCAACGAUCUAAUCCAGAUAGUAAAGCGAAAACUGUUAGCAAAAAAAAGUUCGCCUGCGAGUACUGCAAACGAAACUUCGUGUACAUGACCGGGCUGACCCGACACGUGGCAAAGUUCCACCCCGAGAAAAAUCAUCUUCCCGAUCCCGGUCUGCAGACGGGAGAAACUGUCGCAGUUUACGCACGCCCAAAAUCGUUCGACGUCGUGAUAAAGUGCGUAGACUGUGGCGAGAUCUUCCAGGAUGUCAAGCUCUUCGAAGCCCACAGCGUCCGUUACAACUGGGAGUUCAUGCUUAGCAACGCACCGGACGACGUGGAGAACAUGGCAACUACAGCGUUCAUGCAGAAGCUGCGUAUCGUGGUCAUCAAUACGGCACUCUUGUGCGAAUUCUGUGACGCCUGCUUCUCCGACCAUGCGUCACUGUUCUAUCACGAGGCGCACCACUCACCAACGUCCGGGUACGCCUGCGCCUUCUGCAAGCAGAACUUUUUCACCCUGCAAACAGCAGUGGAGCAUCGGGUGACGUGCGUCGAUUACGACCAUUUUCGUGCAACACAACUGCUAAACGUGGGGAUGAUAUACAGUUGCAACGUUUGCCUUUCGCCGUUUUUCAGUCUCUCCGAUUUGUACGAACAUCGCUUCAAAAAUCAUCAUUACUUUCCGCGCCGGAUCGCGGUUUUAGAAACGGAGGGUAAAAAGUUCGCCCCAUUGUAUCUUAGCUGUGAGCUAUGUGGGUUUACGUGUAAUCACAUCUCCGCACUGCUAACCCAUCGCAGCAAACAUCAUUCUCUGACCUGCCCCGACGAUGACGGUGGUCAUGAGGCAGAUAAUUCGCCCACCAUCGGCCAGCCCAAACGGACAGCGGUCAAACGUGUGGCGGAGAGGCAGGAGUCGACCAGCUACCGGCAGUUUCUGUGUGAGAAGUGUGGCAAAACGUACACCCAGUCGAGCCACCUGUGGCAGCAUCUGCGCUUUCACAACGGCAUAAGACCGUUCGCCUGUACCGUGCAGGGUUGCACGCGCCGCUUCACGAUACGUCCCGAUCUGAGCGAUCACAUUCGCAAGUGCCACACCGGCGAACGGCCGUACCAGUGCGAGGUGUGCCACAAGCGGUUCCUGACCGGCUCCGUCUUUUAUCAGCACCGGUUGAUACACCGGAACGAGCGGCGCCACGCAUGUGAGGACUGCGAUCGUCGCUUUUACCGGGCGGAUGCGCUGAAAAACCAUCGGCGAAUACACACCGGCGAGAAACCGUACGCCUGCACGCAUUGCGAUCGAAAAUUUCGCCAGCGUGGAGACCGGGAGAAGCAUGUGCGCGUGAAGCAUAUGAAGUAUCACUGA